AUGAAAACCUGUAAUUCUAGUCACUUGGAGUCAGGUGUGGAAUCAGAGCUGCAGUGCAGAAGUGGAGCAGGCUGUGUUGCGAAGUGCAGUUCGGAAAGGAUGGAGAACGCUGCCAAGAGAAGACUGGCUGCCAAUGCCCGCGAGAGGAGACGCAUGCAGGGACUGAACACAGCCUUUGACCGCUUGAGAAAGGUGGUGCCUCAGUGGGGUCAAGAUAAGAAGCUGUCCAAGUAUGAGACGCUCCAGAUGGCUCUGAGCUACAUCAUGGCUCUCACCAGAAUCCUGGCUGAAGCUGAAAGGUACAGUAGUGAGCGAGAGUGGAUUAGCCUGCACUGUGAGCACUUCCAUGCCGACAGCUACCACCACUACACGGCACAGAAACCGGCAGCGGACAGCGAGCCUUACACACAGCGGAUAUUCACCUACCACCCCGAGCACUUYCAAAUUGCUAAUUAGAACUCGUUGCCAAAUAAGAAUAUGCAGCAGGCCAGAUGUGUAAUUUAAUAAUUAGCAUGAGUUAAUCUGCUUGACUAAGGUAAUAUUGGCAUUAUAAUAGCUUAUUCUGGUUUGCAUCUUAMACAAAAUUGAUAAAAUAAAUUUGC